AUGCUACAUGAUCACUCGUGUGAAAUCUGCGGAGAUCCUCAUCUCUUCGUUGAUGGUAUCAGCUCUCAUGAUUUGCAUCAAGGUCAAGUUGGCAACUGCUGGUUUAUUGCCGCCUCCUCAUCUCUGGCGUCCCGGGAUGUUUUCUGGCAGAAGGUCAUCCCCAACUGGAAGGAGCAGGAGUGGUAUUCUGAGAAGCCUGAAAAUUACGCCGGGAUUUUUCAUUUCCAUUUCUGGCGAUUUGGGGAAUGGGUGGAUGUAGUUAUUGAUGACCGUCUUCCAACGAUCAACAACCAGCUAAUUUAUUGUCACUCCAAUGAGACAAACGAAAUGUGGUGCGCACUGCUCGAAAAAGCAUAUGCCAAAUUAACCGGAUGUUACGAAGCUCUGGAUGGCGGUAAUACAGCUGAUGCACUGGUGGAUUUUACUGGCGGUGUCUGUGAACCAAUAGAUCUUUCUGAAGGAGGUUUCGCCAACGAUGUAGAAAAAAGAAAUGAUCUGUUUGAAAGAAUCCUGAAAGUUCAUAACAGAGGUGGUCUCAUCAGCUGUUCUAUUAAGGCAACCUCUGAUUCUGAGAUGGAAGCGCGUCUGGCCUGCGGUCUGGUAAAGGGACACGCUUACGCAGUGACGGAUGUGCGGAAAGUACGUCUAGGCACUGGAUUGAUGGCCUUCUUCAAGUCCGAGAAACUAGAUAUGAUCCGUAUGCGGAAUCCCUGGGGGGAGAGGGAGUGGAAUGGACCCUGGAGUGAUAGUUCGGAAGAAUGGCAGAAAGUCAGUAAGAGUGAGCGAGAGAAGUUGGGCGUGACUGUUGAUGACGAUGGCGAGUUUUGGAUGACAUUUGAAGAUUUCUGCAAAUAUUACACAGAUAUCAUCAUGUGCAGACUCAUUAAUACCUCAUAUAUAAGUAUUCACAAAACCUGGGAGGAGUCUGUAGCUCGGGGGACCUGGACCAAACAUGAAGACCCUCUAAAGAACCGUUCAGGAGGUUGUCUCAACUAUAAGUCCACCUAUCUACAAAAUCCUCAGUUUGUAUUUGAUGUGAAGAAGCCGGAAGAUGAAGUUCUUUUUUGCCUUCAGCAGAAGACUAAGCGGACAACACGUAAGGACGGCAAGGCAGAAAAUCUGGCUAUUGGGUUCGAAAUUCACCGGGUGGAGCUGAAUCGCAGAUACAGGAUGCACACACUGCAGGCAAAAGUGGGCAGUUCUAUUUACAUUAAUGCUCGAAGCGUGUUCUUGCGCACUGAGAUGAAGGAAGGACGAUAUGUAAUCAUUCCUACAACAUUUGAACCUGGUCUAACAGGGGAAUUUCUAAUCCGAGUAUUCACUGAUGUGCCUUCAAACUUUUGUGAGUUGACCGUGGAUGAACCUGUCAAGACUUGUUGGUCUGGAAUGUGUGGUUACCCACAGCUGGUAUCCCAGGUACAUGUGGUCUCUGCCACCGGGCUUAAGAAUCAGGACUCUAACGGAGGUGCUGACCCAUAUGUGAUCAUAAGCUGUGAAAGCAGCAAAGUCCAAUCUCCAGUGAUUAAAGACACUCUGGCUCCUAAAUUUGAUGUCAAAGGUGUGUUCUAUCGAAAGAAACCUGGUCAGCCCAUCAUUGUACAGGUGAGUUCAAUUCUUAUUGUUAAUUGUAUAGUUUGAUACUCACCGUGAUGG